AUUUAUUUUUUCUUUCAUUUCUUUUGGCAAAAACCUCCAAGUUUAUGAAUUACGAGUAUUUCUCAAUCCGUGAAACUGACCCUCCACGGGCCAUCAAUCAUUCUCUUGGAUUUAAGAGGAGAAUUUCAUUCCAUGCACCCAUUUGUUUCUUGCUGACCACCCACAAAGGUUUUAUCCGCUCCCCCUUCCUCUUUUAUCUUCUCAGGUGAUAUCAAUUCAAGAACAUGGAGACUAUAACGAAUGUUAAUGAAUAUGAAGUCAUUGCGAAGGAGAAAUUGCCAAAAAUGGUUUAUGAUUAUUAUGCCUCUGGGGCAGAAGACCAAUGGACUCUCAAAGAGAACCAAACUGCUUUUUCUAGGAUUCUAUUCCGACCACGGAUUCUUGUAGAUGUGAGUAAAAUUGAUACCAUCGCAACUGUAUUGGGAUUCAAGAUUUCUAUGCCCAUCAUGGUUGCUCCCACUGCUAUGCAAAAAAUGGCUCAUCCUGAAGGAGAAUAUGCUACUGCAAGAGCUGCUUCAGCUGCAGGAACAAUAAUGACGCUUUCUUCAUGGGCUACUUCCAGUGUCGAAGAGGUUGCUUCCACCGGACCUGGAAUUCGAUUUUUCCAGCUCUAUGUGUACAAAGACAGGAAUAUCGUUACACAACUAGUUGAAAGAGCUGAAAGGGCCGGUUUCAAGGCAAUCGUCCUCACAGUAGAUACACCGAUUCUUGGGCGAAGGGAAGCUGAUAUUAAGAAUAGGUUUGUUUUGCCUCCUCAUUUGACACUCAAGAAUUUUGUGGGAUUGGACCUAGGGAAAAUAGAUAAGACGAAUGACUCUGGACUUGCAUCCUACGUUGCGAGUCAAGUUGACCGGUCACUCAGCUGGAAGGACGUGAAAUGGCUGCAGACAAUAACUACACUGCCAAUUCUGGUGAAGGGUGUAUUAACCGCUGAGGAUGCAAAGCUAGCUGUGCAAAAUGGGGCAGCUGGGAUUAUUGUAUCGAACCAUGGUGCUAGGCAACUCGAUUACUCCCCUGCUACUAUUAUGGCCUUGGAAGAGGUUGUCAAAGCUGCACAAGGCAAAGUUCCUGUUUUCCUUGAUGGAGGAGUUCGGCGUGGAACUGAUGUCUUCAAAGCACUGGCUCUUGGAGCAUCCGGCAUAUUUAUAGGAAGACCUGUGGUGUUUUCCUUGGCUGUCAACGGGGAGGCGGGUGUAAGAAAAGUUCUGCAGAUGCUCCAUGACGAGUUAGAGCUGACAAUGGCUUUGAGCGGCUGUCGAACCGUCGAUGAAAUCACCCGCAACCACAUCGUAACUCCAUGGGAUGCUCCACGUGUUGCUCCCAGGCUGUAACACCAUUCCUACAACAAUAUAUGGGCAAAGGUUCUUUUGAAGCUUACAUCUCUGUAAAAUAAGACAUCCUGAAUAAAUUGCAGUGUCUAGCAAACACGAUGUUUAUAUUGAUAAAUAAGGG